AUGUCGUCGUGGACAGCAGAUCCCAAUGCAGUUGAACAACUCAAGCACAUCUUCCAAGGGACAUUAUCAUCAAACAAUGAGGAGAGAAAACUAGCUAAUGAAGCUUUGGUUCAAGCUAAGCGUAACCUUGAAAUUGAAAACUACUUAUUUACAAUCUUGGUAUUUGAUAACUCGGCCAGGCCCGACGUCCGAGCUGCUGCUGGUAUCAAUUUGAAAAACAUCAUAUUGAAGAACAAGUCGAACCAUCUGAUUGAUAGAAGCUAUAUCAUGAACAACAUCAUACAAGGUUUGACUAGUCCCGAUGCAAUGGUUAGAAACAUUACUGGAAAUGUCAUCACCUCGCUAUUCUCCAUAUAUGGAAUUUCACUGUGGGGCACUGCUUUGACAAGUUUGUUGGCUUUAGCUCAUAAUGGGAAACACGAUGGUGAUGGUGAUGCUGAUGCUGCUACAAGCAAAGCAAAUUUGCAUGCGUAUUCGACUCAAGAAGCUGCCAUGAGUGCGUUAGCCAAGAUUUGCGAGGACUCGUAUAUACAACUAGAUCAAGAAUACAAUGGGGAGCGGCCCUUGAAUUUUCUUCUCCCAGAGUUUUUGAAGUUGAUGGAUCUGCCUAGCAUAAAAGUCAAGGCACUAGCUGUCCAUUGUUUCAACCAAUUCAUCAUUUUGGAUACACAAUCAUUUCUUGUUUUGAUUGAUCAAUUUUUGACCAAAAUUUUUCAGCUUGCUCAAGACACUGAUAAUAUUGAAACCCCCGAUGCAUCCACCUUGAAGAAGAACAUAUGUACUGCUUUCCUUGCGAUCUUGGAAACUAGACCGGAUAAAAUAGCACCUCACAUUGAUGGCAUCAUGAACUAUUGUUUACACGUGAUUCAAAAGGGCACCAACAAUGAAUUGAGUUUGGAAGCAGGCGAGUUUUUAUUGGCAUUGGCAGGAUCUAGUGAUUUCAAAGGUGUGUUUACAGCAGACAAGUUGAAGCUCAUCUUGCCUGUGUUGUUGGACAAGAUGGUCUACUCCGAGGAGGAAAUGUUUUUGAUGGAAGUGGCAGAUAGUAAUGACGACGCCAAUGUAGCUGACAAGGACGAAGAUAUAAAGCCCACCAAUGUCAAAUCUAAGGAAGCCAGACGUAUUAAUGGGAAUGUAAAUGGAGAAUCAUCAAAUACUGCCAAUGGAGGGGCAAAUGAAGGCAACGAGACGGAAGCAAAUGGCAAUUUUGACGGUGGUGGUGACGACGACGACGACGACGACGAUAAUGAUGAAGAUGAAGAAGAAGAUGGUGACGACGACGACGACGACGAUAUGGGUGAAUGGAGUUUGAGAAAAUGCUCGGCUGCAACUUUGGACGUGUUGAGUGAAAACUUGCCCCAAGAGGUUCUUAUUUUGGCUUUGCCGAUAUUGCAAGAAAAGAUUGUGUCCACUCACUGGCCAAUACGGGAGGCAGCAAUAUUAGCGUUUGGAGCCAUGAGUAAUAGUUUCAUCAACUUGGCCAGUGACAAAUUGCCUGAAUUGGUACCCUUUCUUGUUGAUAGAUUGCAGGAUGAGCAACCGAGG